GCGCAGAGCUCGGCCGGCCGCCCGGCUGCUCGGAGCUGCCGCCGCCGCCCGCCGCGGCUCCAGGAACUACAAGAACUUCUGAAAGAACUUAUGACAAUGUGCAGUCUUAAGUUCUGCAGUCUCAAAGCCCUUUUUCUAUUGCUGCUCUAUAGGUCAAUGCAAAUUCCUAAAGCUGAAGGAAAAGGUGACAUUCUACCUCCAACAAUACAAAAAAUAAUAAAAGGCUACAACAAAUAUCUACGUCCAUUUUUUGAUAAUGGUCCUGUGUCAGUUGGAAUGAGUCUGGAUAUUGCAAGCAUUGAUACAAUAUCAGAAAUAAAUAUGGACUACACAGCCACCAUAUUUCUAAGGCAGCGAUGGACUGAUGAGAGGCUUUGCUUCGAUGGUAAUAAGAGUUUGAGCCUAGAUGGUCGACUUGUGGAAAUGCUUUGGGUACCAGAUACCUUUAUAGUUGAUUCAAAAAAGUCUUUUCUUCAUGAUGUCACUGUUGAGAAUCGUCUUAUAAGGAUAUACCCUAAUGGAACAGUCUUGUAUGCUAUAAGGAUCACCACAACUGUUUCAUGCAGCAUGGAUCUGACUAAAUAUCCAAUGGAUAAGCAGACGUGUACUUUGCAACUGGAGAGCUGGGGUUAUAACAUCAAUGAUGUCAUGUUUUACUGGACCAGAGGAAAUGAUUCAGUUCGAGGUUUGGACACUCUCCAGCUGGCCCAGUACACAGUAGAAGACCACUUUACCUCUGUAACUGAAGCUGUGUAUGAGACAGGACGUUACCCAAAACUCGUGUUUCACUUUGAACUCAAGAGAAACAUCUUGUAUUUCAUAUUAGAGACAUAUGUGCCAUCAAUCCUUCUGGUUGUGCUCUCCUGGGUGUCAUUUUGGAUAAGCCAGUCGUCAGUUCCAGCCAGAAUCUGCAUAGGUGUCACAACAGUCCUUACAAUGACAACACUGAUGAUGGGAGCCAGGACUUCACUCCCAAAUGCUAAUUGCUUUAUUAAGGCAAUUGAUGUGUACCUUGGUAUCUGCUUCAGCUUCAUCUUUGGAGCACUGUUAGAGUAUGCUGUGACUCAUUUCUGCACUCUGCACCAACUCAGCUCAAAGGAACUUCCAAAGAUUAUUGAUGAUGAUGAUGAUGAAGAAGAGAAGAACGGAGUCCUGGCAGCAGUGACAAAAAAUUGCAGUGCCCCUGACAAUACGGACAAGACUGACUCAAACAAAAGCAAAACAACCAGCACUGACAGAAAAAGGGAGAGAAGUCAACACAGUGUGUGUAGUUCAGCAAUGUCAGUAAUGAAAAGACUUUUCUGUAUCUUUGACUGCUUCCAUGUUAAAAAUCCUUACCACAUAGACAACUAUGCCAGAUUCUCUUUCCCUUUAUCAUUCAUCAUAAUUAAUGUACUUUAUUGGGUGUAUUAUUUGUAUUUCUAAAUAUUUUAUUUUGUAAUAUUAGUUUAAAAUUUAGAAAGUGGACAUGGGAUGGGAAGCUGCGGAAAAAUGGAGAAAUUACAUUUGGAUAAAGGGAUAUAAAAGGAUAUGUCACCUUUUCCAGUGUGUCUGAAAAUUUUGUUAACUCACUUUUCUGCAUUUAAUUGUCUGUCAUCCAAAACUGGCUUCAUAUUAGCAUGCAUGUCCCAAACUACUUAUCAAAGGCCAGUAAGUCCUUUUUCUAAUAUUUAAUGCUCAAGUUUGUAAAAUAAGUGUUAUGUUACACUUGUUUCUCAACUCCAUUGAAUAAAUGUAAAAAUAAAAUGAAAUGUUACUUUCCUU